ACUUUUGCAAUUUAGUUCCCAAGUGGACGGGACUCCACGAGACCGCGUCUUUGUGCGGGGCAAUUCAAGUUUAAGUUGUUGGUGUUGGUUUCAAGAUGGAUAGGCCUAGCACUAGUCGGCAGUCUAUUGAGAAGGUGGAAAUGUUUGAGGUUCGGGAGCAUGUGCCGUACCAAGCCGAGCUGACGCGAGCUCCCGCGGCCUACGACGAGGAGAGUGGGGAUGUGUAUGACUCCUCGUGGACGUCCGCCUUCCGUGCCAUGUGUCAGCUCAUCAACCUCCUCCAUCACAUGCAGGUGGCCAUAGUAGUGUUCUGUUUGUGGCACUUCGCUCUCACUGCAGAAGCUAAUGGAACCAUCAGUAACUUGGAACUGCACAUCAUUUUUGCUGGAACAGGCUACCAAUUCUUCCUGGUAGAAGCUAUAUUGACCCUGCACAGACACAAUUCCUGGUCGUUCCAACUGUCGAAGGAUGGCAAACGGAUCGUGCACGGAUGCUUGCAGCUGAUCGGAUCGCUAUUUGUGAUCGCUGGCACUUUCCUUGGACUGGCUAGAGUCGAUAUGGUUAUAUCGACAGCUCAUGGGAUUUGUGGUGUCAUCGCGUUAGCAUUCACACUAUUGAGUUUCAUCUCGGGCAUCAUAGCACUAUUUUCAGCUAAAGUCCGGAUGAUGGUUAAAAGUGGACCCGUCAAAAUCAUCCAUUUAGCAGUGGGACUCUUCGCUGUAUCCAUGGGCCUGAUAACUAUGAUUUUGGGAUUCCAUAUGGACUUCUACGCAGCCUCCCGAGAAGGACUAUCAUCAGCCCUCAUAGUAUUUUCCGUGUUAAUAUUAUUGUACAUUAUGAUCCAGCCUAUUUACGACUUGAUAUCAACUACAAAAAAAUCUAUGUGACUAAUGAAAAUACAGGGCUCUCCAGAUGGUCAUAGUAAUGCGUAGUGUAAAGAUAUAAGAUAAGCCAAAAUGACGAGUCUAUAGUGCUGCCAUAUUAUCUCUUUCGGUGGGCAAAAUUGGAACUAGGAACUAAAACUUUAACAGUAAUUUAUUCCACUAUAAAAGCGAUACUACUUAAAAAACUGAUCAGAUAAAUUGGCAGGGCUAUAGGAAUUUUAUUUUUAAGUUAGUUUUAAGCAUUAAUUCAUAAAUCCACAGAUCCACGAAACAUAUAGAUAUCACAAUCAUAAACAUUUUCAUACACUUCAUAAAUUCAAAAACGUAUCCACAUUCCAUAUUCAUGUGUAUGUGAGGAAAGUGUGAGUUUGAAGAAAACCGGUUUUUAUACGUAAUUUCAAUGUUACGCAUAAAUAAUCCCCGAUUAACUUUUUAUUAAUUUAUUACAAUGACAAUAACUUAUUAUUAGUUAAGUAUCUAAUUAUUUUUAUUUUCUAUAAAUUAAUAAGUACCUCUACCAUGAGUUUGAAGCAAUAGUAUUUGUCGAUAGUCGUUAGCGACGACGUAAAUUUUUUGUAUGGCAAAUUUUACAACGCCUCUACCGGUCACCUGUGGAACUAAAAUUUGCUAUACAAAAAAAUUACGUCGUCGCUCGCGAUUAUCGACAAAUAGAUACUAUUAUUGCUUCAAACUCAUGGUAGAGACUAGAGAUACAGAUUAUGAAUUAAUAUUUAAGUCCCUACUUACAUCGCGUCGGUAGGUCCUGUAUUAUUAUUUUUAUAUUCUUUUAAUUUUAAGAAUUAUUCUUAUUUUCUUUUUAGGUGCUUAUAUUGUUAUUUUCUUAUAAUAAUAGUAAGUUUAACCUAAUACAUGCAUGUAUGAGUGUUAUUAAUUUAAUAAACGUUUAUAAUAAUCCAA